AGACCUCAUUAUUUUUUCGGUGGCCAUCUUGCAUUCUGGCAGCCAUCUUGGAAGUUUAAAGAUAAAUCUUGUCAUCACGAUUUCAGGAAAACCAAACGGAUUUACUUUCCCACAUAAAAUGAUUGUACCGUUUGAAAGAACAGACUUCCCUCUUAAAGAAAACACCUCUUCUAUUGAUGUAAACAGGGGCAAAAGGCACCAAAACGGGGUUAGACAAGGUGGUAUUCUGAAGUCACACUUUCUUGUCAUCACGCUUCCAGGUAAACCAUUAGACGGAUUUACUUCAAAUUUUCACACAUAUUACAUGGUAAGAAGUUCUAGAGCUAAUUAACCUUUCAGUGGCCAUCUUGCAUUCUGGCGGCCAUCUUGGAAGUUUUUUGGAUAAAUCAUGUCAUUGUGAUUCCAGGAAAACCACUUUACUGAUUUUCUUGAAACUUUUACACAUGUUACAAGGAAGGUUACAUGCUACCUUUUAUAUUGAUAUAAACAGGGGCAAAAGACAGUAAAGUGGGGUUACACAAGGUGGUAUUCUAAGGAGAAUGUUAU